GCCCUCUGCUGCCCCCUGCAGGCGUGUGGAGACCCCAAAGCGAAGCCGUCCUACCUGGUGGACAAGAACCUGGAGUCGGCCGUCAAGUUCAUCGUCCGGAAGUUUCCCGCCGUGGAGACGCGGAACAACAACCAACAGCUGGCUCAGCUGCAGAAGGAGAAGUCGGAGAUCCUGAAGAACCUGGCUCUCUACUACUUCACCUUUGUCGACGUCAUGGAGUUCAAGGACCACGUGUGCGAGCUGCUCAACACCAUCGACGCCUGCCAGGUCUUCUUCGACAUCACGGUGAACUUUGACCUCACCAGGAACUACCUGGACCUGGUGGUGACCUACACUACUCUGAUGAUCAUCCUGUCUCGCAUCGAGGAGCGGAAGGCCAUCAUCGGACUCUACAACUACGCCCACGAGAUGACGCACGGAGCCAGUGACCGGGAGUACCCCCGGCUGGGCCAGAUGAUCGUGGACUAUGAGAACCCUCUGAAGAAGAUGAUGGAGGAGUUCGUUCCUCAUGGGAAGUCGCUGUCGGACGCCCUGGUCAGCCUGCAGAUGGUGUACCCCCGGAGGAACCUGUCGGCGGACCAGUGGAGGAACGCCCAGCUGCUGUCCCUCAUCUCCGCCCCCUCCACCAUGCUCAACCCCGCUCAGUCCGACACGAUGCCGUGUGAAUACCUUUCUCUGGACACGAUGGAGAAGUGGAUUGUGUUCGGCUUCAUCCUGUGCCACGCCGUGCUGAACAGCGACGCCGCCGCCCUGUCGCUCUGGAAGCUGGCUCUGCAGAGCUCCACCUGUCUCUGUCUCUUCCGGGACGAAGUCUUCCACAUCCACAAGGCUGCAGAGGACCUGUUCGUCAACAUCCGAGGGUACAACAAACGUAUCAAUGACAUCCGAGAGUGUAAAGAACAGGCGCUGUCACACGCGUAU